GAGACAAGUCAGUAAAGAAGUUGACUAGCAAAGUAGCGUGACCGGUAACCGAUGGCAGGGACAGCUUUUAUUGUUUUCUUACCAUUUCUACUGUCUCUUGUGUCCGCAGGGCUGCAUUUCAACAAACACCAGCCUUGUUAUGUUAAAACAAUCAGGAAAGACGGCUUCGGAGUUCGGACGUCGCCUCGUCCUCACGAAUAUUUAAAUAUUUCCGAGCUACCAAAAUCAUGGGACUGGAGGAAUGUUAACGGUAUCAACUAUGUCAGCACCACCCGCAAUCAGCACAUUCCACAGUACUGUGGCUCUUGUUGGGCCCACGGCAGCACCAGUGCUUUAGCAGAUCGCAUCAAUAUAAAGCGCAAAGCGUCGUGGCCGUCUGCGUACCUCUCAGUGCAGCACGUGCUCGACUGCGGCCAAGCGGGUACUUGCCACGGUGGGGAUCACGGCGGCGUUUGGGAGUACGCCAACCAACAUGGCAUCCCGGAUGAGACCUGCAAUAACUACCAAGCUAAAGACCAGAAGUGUAAGCCCUUCAACCAGUGUGGCACCUGCACCACCUUUGGCGUGUGCAACAUCGUCAACAACUACACUCUGUGGAAGGUGGAUGAUUACGGAAUGAUCAGCGGGAGGGAGAAGAUGAUGGCAGAGAUCUACGCCAGAGGACCGAUCAGUUGCGGAAUCAUGGCCACAGACAAGCUAGACGCGUACGCGGGAGGUCUGUACUCCGAGUACCAGGAGAAUCCCUACGUGAACCACAUCGUGUCAGUCGCGGGAUGGGGAGUGGAGGAUGGCGUGGAGUACUGGAUUGUACGCAACUCGUGGGGAGAGCCUUGGGGUGAGAAGGGAUGGCUCAGGAUCGUGACCAGCGCCUACAAGGGAGGAAGCGGAAGUUCAUACAACCUGGCACUGGAGGUGGACUGUGCAUAUGGAGACCCGAUAGUUCCUAAGGACUAUCUAGUCUAGUGAAUCAUUGGCGUCAUUUUUUAAAUGUUCAUUAAGAAGGGAAUGUCAUUUUUUUGUUGAAAUAUUAUAGUCACUUUUAAAAUGUCAGUGUCAAUGUGGAUGCGAUUACCUGCUCGAAUCAAUCGAUUGUCUCAGAGACGCAAAAGCCUAUUAACAGUCUCACACAGAAUUGAAAAUAUAAACAGACUUCAAAUCACAACAAAAAUGUUUACAAACAAACAGAAAUAAACAUAUUAAGAAAGGCAUGCCGUUACCUGUUUUAAAGGCUCUAUGAUUGCUACAGAUUCAAGUGUGCCUUACACUAAAAAGAUGAUCUUUUCACACAAUGUACACAUGAGGACAACAAUGUGUCAAUAAAGUCUUCAAAGCGA